AUGGAGUGGAGGCUGGUAAGAGUGUGGGUUUGCGCUAACAAUUCAGAGGAGAAUCGCCGCAUGAAAAGAAAGCUCUUCUGUUCUGGCCUCUGGUGCAAUGAAUUUCCCGUGGCCAUCAAUUUUGUGGCAAGCUAUCCAACUUUUACAGCCUAUGUGGAUUUCUUUGCUGCAAAGAAAUCAGUUGCUCGCUCACUUCAAGAAGCCAACCAGAAGAGGGCCGACAUCUCUGUCUACCUCCAAUCGAUAGCUUAG